AUGUCCCAGGCCGAGGCGACCCGCGCCGAGUCUAUCGAUGAACAGGAACAUUCCAGGGUCGAUGGCGACAAGAAGCCAAAGUCCCGGCGACCCGCCAAUACCGCUUUUCGGCAGCAGCGGUUGAAAGCAUGGCAGCCGAUUUUAACACCGAAGAGUGUUCUUCCCCUGUUCUUUGUUGUGGGCAUUAUUUUUGCUCCACUCGGUGGUGUCCUCCUCUGGGCGAGCUCUCUAGUCCAAGAGAUAUCGAUUGAUUACACCGAUUGUUAUAGCUCAGCCCCAACAGCUAGUCGGACUACCAUCCCUGAUCGAGUGUCAGCGACUUUCAAAGCGAAGUCCACUAGUCUUCCAUCAUGGCAGAGAACUGUAGACGAGGCCACCAACCAAACCACCUGCAGCCUUUACUUUGAAAUCCCUGAAUCCAUGGGACCUCCGGUUUUCUUGUACUACCGCCUCACCAACUUUUAUCAAAACCAUCGCCGAUAUGUCCAGUCACUGCAAUUGGAUCAAUUGAAGGGCGAAGCUCUCAGCAACAAAACGAUCUCGGGCAGCGUGUGUGACCCCCUCACGACGGACCCAGCCACAAAGAAAGCGUACUAUCCAUGUGGGUUGAUUGCGAACUCCCGCUUUAACGACAGCAUCGGUAGUCCUUCCCGUUUCGACGACAAUGACUCGACGCCCUACAACAUGACGAAAAAGGGAAUCGCCUGGGAGAGUGACAAAGCGCUUUACCAAAAAACCAAAUACCAGCAUUGGCAGGUGGUUCCUCCACCCAACUGGACCAAAUACAAUGGCAGUUAUACGAAUGAGUCCAUGCCCAACCUUCAUGAGGAUGAAGAUUUUAUGGUUUGGAUGAGAACUGCUGGAUUGCCAGCUUUCAGCAAACUCUCUCGUCGGAAUGAUGACACUGCCAUGGCUCCAGGACAAUAUCAGUUGGAUAUUCUUGAUCGUGAGUUUUUUGUAUUCCCCUUUAAUUUCUAUGUUGCUUACGCCCGUCUAGAAUUCAAGGUCACCGAAUAUGAUGGAACAAAGUCGAUUCUGCUCUCUACUCGCACUGUCAUGGGUGGGAAGAAUCCAUUCAUGGGAAUUGCCUACGUGGUUGUUGGAGGUGUGUGUGUACUUCUUGGAGCUCUAUUCACCAUCGCUCACUUGGUUCGACCAAGAAAACUGGGUGACCACACCUAUCUGUCUUGGGAUUCAACUAAUCAGCCAACCACUGCCAUGGCUACUGGGCGAGAUGACCGACUGCGCCCAAGCUCCUAA